AUGUCGAGGCACAAGGAAGAAGCGCACGACGAACAGUUCGAGGAGUCCACCGAGUUGAGCUCGAGUUUUCUCGGACAGAGCGAUGAGGUGAGCCUCAUUCCAGUCGAGGGCGAAGUGACGAUGAUGGCGGUCGAAAGUGCGAACGCGGGAGUCUCUUUGUGGGUCGGGGAAUUGCUCAGGGAACUGCUUCAUGGCGUGCGUCCGGGACUGAAGAGACGUCAGACGGCCGUAAGCCAGCACUUGGUAGAAAACCAAGACGGUAUAUCUCAUGCCGGUUGUUGCUCGGACGCCGUGACGGACGUUCAGAUGUUGGCAAACUCUUGUUUGGAUGGAACUUUGUCGACCAUUGAGGACCAAAUUGUCACACAAAAGCGCCUGCAGGCGUCGGAAUCCUUGGAGCUGUUUCCGUUUCCUCCAUCGUCGUGA